CUCCAACCUCCAUCUCUGGGUGGGCCGGCGAUGUUGCGCGUCCGGAUGCUCUCUGGAGCAGAGGUGACGAGCGUGCCUCUUGAGGAGCUGAGCGACGUGAGGUGCUUGAAGCAGCGCCUGACGCAUCUCCACGGCUUCCCCCCGCGGUUUCGGCAGAGGCUGCUCCUCCAUGGCGCGAACCUGGAGGAUGCUGCCGAGCUGGAUUGCCCCAUGAGCCUGGAUCUUGUCCUCUUGCCAUUUGCCGAUGCCUCCGCAGCGCAGGUGGACGAUCUGGUGGCCAACGCUCGCGUGGCCGCCACAGAAGAGGUUGAGCUCAUGCUGCAGCGGCCGCAGGACCCGGACUUGCCCGACUCCCACAGCCGCAGGGCUCUCGACGCCGCCUCGCAACACGGCUGUGUCGAAGUCGUGCGCUUGCUGCUGGAGGCCGGCGCCAGCAAGGAUCUUGCAAGCAACCGUGGCUCCACGGCUUUGUUGCUUGCGUGCACGAAUGGCCAUGUCGACGUGGUGCGGGCCCUGCUGGCGGCCCGGGCCGACACAGAGGCGGCAGACUGCGACGGCCGCACAGCUCUCAUGGCGGCUUCGCAGUGGGGUCACCUUGAGGUGGCGCGCUUGCUACUAGAGGCAGGUGCGGAUAAAGACAAGGUGAACUUCGAUGGCCGGACUGCUCUUCUGACUGCAUCUUGCUGCGGCGAGGAUGAAGUCGCACGUUUGCUGCUGGAGGCCGGCGCCGACACGGAUCUGGCAAAUGUCGGUGGCAGCACAGCCCUGAUGAUGGCAGCUUUGCUUGGCCAUGUGAGAAUAUCCAGAUUGCUUCUGGAGGCAAAAGCCGAGACGGACGUUUCAGACAACCGUGGCCGUACGGCUUUGAUGGCAGCAAGCGAAAGUGGCCAUGACGAAGUCGUACGUUUGUUGUUGGAGGCCGGCGUUGACAAGGACCUGGAAGACGAUAGCGGCUGCACCGCGUUCGUGGCAGCAUCUCGACGAGGCAACGUCGAAGUGGCGCGGUUGCUGCAGGAGUCCGAAGCUAGCGAAUAUGUGGCAGACCCUUGUUGUUGA